GUAUAGUUGAUUUUGUAGUCACAUUUUCUAUUAAUAGAAAUGAAAUUAGUCCGGCGGGCAAGAAAAAGCAUUCGAGAGCGACGCAUGAAGGCGUGCAUGAAUGAUCUAAACUCGAAUCUUUCGAAAAUUGAAAUGCGCGUGUUUAGUAAACAAAAAAACGAACGAAUAGCUAGACAUAAAGAAUCGGGCGUACCGAAUUCAGUUCCGAUAAGUGUUCUGCAGGGUAAAAUGACCCCAGAAUUAUAUAUAAUUGAAUGCCAUCUGCAUGAAGAGGCGGGCCUAGCGAAGCCCAGACCAUACCCUGAAUAUCAGAGCGAUAUAAGGAAAGCUAAUGAGGAUAAGCAUCGUGUCGGAUUUCUAAGCUUUGCCACCAUUGUAACAGCGAUUCGCCGUAUAAACAGCAAAGCAUAAGUGCAAGUGAGGGAGGCUAUUUAAUCUCUCGAAUUGACCUCUAAUCAAUAGUGUAUAUCACUUUCUACCUUUUUUCCCUUUAAAGAAGCAUUGCGCGGUUGUAUUGGAAGGAUCUCAUGGACCCAAAGGAUUGCAAUCGUGUUUCAACUAAUAUCAUUCCUAUGGUAUUUUACCCUUUCUAUUCUAACUGUGUUCCCUCAUUGUUGCAUCUACAGGACCAACCAAAGCGCAUGUUAUGAGUAAAGUAAAUAGAAAGCAACCUUGGGACAAACACCUAAUCUAAGGAAAAGUGAUUAAGUAGGAAGAGGUGAAUGUACAUAAUGCAUUCAUUUCAAAGGUGUAACGAUUUUACAUUUAGUAUACUGUUGAAAUAUGAAUAAAAAUGUUGUGAUUAAGAGAUUGCAAAUGAUGCACUAACAUUACACCAUAAUUUUUAUCCAUAAUAAUGGGUAUUCAAUGCUUUGUCAUUGAAUUUCAAUUCAGGUUCGCCGUUUAUCCUUCUGGAAAAUGUCGAAACCACCUUGAUUUUGUACUUCUGACAUUUAAAAGCGUGUGUCACCGGAAGAUCCAUGCUUUGACUUAAAUAACAAGGUCUAGGACAUCACCCAAUUCAUAAAUCAAAAUUCUGGUGUUUACAGACACACUGCUUGGUUUAGGAGACAGAAACAGCGUUCUUGCAUUUAAUGCUAUGAGGCAUUCUCGAAAUGACAUCAAGGAUUUAAAGAAAUGCUAUUGGGAUUAAUUCACACAAGUGAUAGUGUUGCGAUUUCAGCGCCUAUUUAAUCUUACAUUUCAUUUUAUUAUGAUAUUGUACUACUAGUUAUUGUUUACUGAAGUUUGUUCUUUAUAAGCUUAUGUGAGAAAGCAUACUUCCUUCAAAGGAAAAAAGUUUUUUUUUGAGUGAAUCUCAAAGUGUGUUGGUUCACAUUUACUAAAGCAUUUGAUUAAAUAUCUACGAAGUGGGUCCCUCAGACUUAUAUUCCUAUGAUUAACUUUUCUCCGUCAUUCACUUCAUAUUAAUAUACACUAUUAGUCA